GGAAGGUUGCAAAAAGUAAGAGGAAACCUGGUUGCAGGUUCCAGGAUCUGAAACACAAGAAUUAGCACAGUAAUUCCCAUUAUUUGUUUUUAAGAAAAUGCAGAAAUAGCGAGGGAGGAAAAAAAAGUGUGGAGAACGCUCACAGGGAAACGGAUUCCAAAUGCUGCUACUUCCACCAUGUAGGAUAUUAACCAGAAGGAAGCAAUUUUUACCUGCUGCAGCACACUUGUGUAAAAAUUAAAUUUAAAAAAAAGCCCAAAGUGAAAUUCCCUUGUUCCUGUCCUUGUUUCAAUAAAAGCAGAUGUUUCUUUCUUAAAUUGUGAUAGUAAUAUGUUGGAAUAUCAAGAACAAGAGGAGCUGACUACUGUGCGUGUCCAAGAUCCUCGCAUACAAAAUGAGGGCUCAUGGAAUUCUUAUGUGGAUUACAAAAUAUUUCUCCAUACUAAUAGUAAAGCUUUCACAGCCAAGACAUCUUGUGUGCGCAGACGAUAUCGUGAGUUUGUGUGGUUAAAGAAACAGCUCCAAAAAAAUGCUGGCUUGGUGCCUGUGCCAGAACUUCCAGGGAAAUCUACUUUCUUCGCAGGCAACACUGAUGAAUUCAUUGAGAAACGAAGACAAGGAUUGCAACAGUUCUUGGAGAAGACAGUACAGAACGUUGUACUCCUUUCAGAUAGUCAGCUGCACCUUUUCCUACAAAGCCAGCUCUCUGUACCGGAAAUUGAAGCUUAUGUGCAGGGUCGAGGCCCUAUGAGUGUCACUGAUGCCAUUCUCCACUAUGCCAGGUCCAACUGUGGUUGGAUCCAAGAGGACAGUCAUUCAGCUUUGCUGGCUGUGCAUGACUUUGGCAACAGUUUUGAUGAAGAAAGCCAAUUUGUCCAAAGCUCCGUAGAAGCACUCUCUCAUUGGAGUGAUGUCAGCAUAGAUGGCAACAAAUUGGAGAGUCCGUGUUCUGAGGAAGAUGGCCAUGAACCAACAGGACUGCUACAGGCUGGUUCCACAGCAUCAAGUCACCACAACAACAAUUAGCGAGAAUAAAAAAGCCCAUUCAGGAUGUGCUUUGGAGCUCAGCAUAAACUUUUGCCACUUUGUUUAAAAUUAUUUGGAUUAUUAGAACUCCAGGCGGAAGUGUUUGGAGUAUUCCUAGUGGCUUGGGUGUGAACAAGCCUGGACCAGUGAAAUGUUUGAACAAUUAGAAUGGAAGCUUAUGAAUGCAGAAGUAGUUUUCCAGUGUGCUUUUUUCUGUUCUUCCAUCUUGAUCCAUCCUCAAGUCUUCCUCAACUUUUUGUAUAUUUUGACAAAUUAUCCUGUAUAGGAAAGUGCUCUAGCUUGUUGACUAUGUUUUCUUCCCUCAUCUUCCAUAUCUAUAACUGAUAAUGCUUGUUGCAAAACCCCAGCUGUCUUUUGUAGGUGUAUCAAAACUAUUUGCCUGUAGUACAACUUCUUUUUAAGAUGGUGCCAGAAGGUCCACUUGCUUGCCAUGAAUGCCAAAUCCACAUCUGGGUUCUUUGGUAGAUAUACACAGCUGGGACAAAUGGCCAGACUCCCUCCCCAAUUCAUUAUUGCUGGUGCUGCUAAGAGGAGCAUGUUAUAAAUAUACAAGAUAAAUGAGGAAUGAUAGUCUGUAUUCUUCUUAGUUGUUAGAUGCACAUCCUGGGAAGAGUCAUUCUUGCUAUAUUUCAUUGCUUUGACACAGCACAAUUUGACAAGGAGACAGUAAUAAACCCUAUCUAAUAUACUAAAUAAGAAUUGUACUUGUCUGCCUUUAAGUCCUCUUAUUAGUAUCAUUGUUAUAGCAGCAGCAAAACAGCAAUUCUGUAAGUCUAGAUAUUUUAGUUUGCAGAUUUCUUACUUGACUUGUUUGAUCUUUGAGCAAAAUAACAGAAUUGAAAUCAAUGGACUUUGAAGAGCCUGGAAGAGUCUGCAAGAGCCUGCUUGAGAUGUUUCAGUCCUUUCCUUUUUCUUCCCUUCCCCCUGCAUUUCCACACACUACACAAUAGAUGCUAAAUAUCAGGCCUAUGUUAUCUCUCACCCAGUUUUUGUCUUUUAAACUGGGCAGAGAAACAGGAAUACGGCAAUUUUUGCCACAAGUAAAUAUUUAUCCUAAGGGCAGCGGCUUUUUUUUGUUUUGUUUGUUUGUUUAACUAAAGUACUUGAAGGGGUUUUUUUGUCUUCUUUGUGUUCCCUUCUCUUGUGAUGACAAUCUUAACAAAUGUACAUGACAGCAGAACAAUUAUUACUUAAAAAGAACUAGUACAUUGUCUAUUCUUCUCUUCCCACUCUACCUUGUGAUUGUCAUUUUUAAUUUGAAUUUUACUUUUAUUACAGAACACACAAAGGAACAAUACUUAAAGCUCUAGGAAAAACUAAGUAAAACAAAUAAAUAAAAUAAAAAAUUUAAAA